GCACUGGUAAGGAGAGGAAACCAGGAACUAAAGGCACUGGAAUCAGCAAAGACAUAUCUAGAGAAAGUGGAGAAGGUAGAGAAUGGAGCUGCAGACUCUACAGGAGGCUCUGAAAGUGGAAAUUCAGGUUCACCAGAAACUGGUUGCCCAAAUGAAGCAAGAUCCACAGAUAUUUUUUCUUUCUAAUCAGAAUGCUGAUUUGAAGAAACAGCUUCAUGAACUUCAAGCCAAAAUCACAGCUCUGAGUGAGAAACAGGUAGGGAGAUGUAUUUUUAACACCUUUUCUAAAGAUGCAUCUUCUCCCAGCUUUCGAGAUAACAGCUAAAGUUAUUGAAGUACAAAAAGUAAGUGUGGGCAAACAGGUGCUUUGGAUUGCAUUUGAUUCCUCUUAGUGAAAGACAAGAUGAAUAUUACAAGUCCAUUGAGGAAGCAAUUAUUUUAAUCAGUGGAAGCUAUGAAUUUUUUAGCAUUGAAAAUAAUGUUUUUUUAUUAAGGGAG